AUGGUUACUGUUGGCGCGAUUUCUGCUAAACUUACGGAUCUGCAGAAUAAUAUAACGAAACUCUCCCUUGAACUAGAUGCAAAACGUAAAGAAAAGGAGUCCCAGAGAAAUGUUAUCAAAAAGCUUGACGCAGAAAUUAAAGACAAACAUAGAUUUGUUGAUAGUCUAGAGCAAAAGAGUGAACAACAUGCAGACUCCAUUAAGGCGAAUACUGAGCGUCAGAAUGAACUUCAGAAAUCUGCGGCUGAAUGUCAAAAAGCACACGAAUCCCUAGAAAAGCGUCUGGAAAGCCAAGAAGAGACUAUCAGGUCUCUAGAGGAUGAAGUUAGUGAAGCACAGAGUCAAGCGAGGUCUUCAGCUCAGAUCUACGACGAGACUCUCAAACAACUUCAAGAAAAAUUGGAAGUAGUAGAGAAGUAUGAGAAAAAGGAAGAGUCUCUCCUAAAGAACAUAAAAGAGUUGAAAGAUGAGAUAAAUUCGCAUGGCAACAAACUUCGUCGUAUGGAUGCGCAAGAAAAUGAGACAAAUAAACGCAUACAAGGACUAGAAGAGAAAAUUAAGCAAUUGUCAGAACAAAUUACUCUGGCUACUCAACGUGCUGUUAACGCUGAGCAGGAAGCUGAAAGUCUGUCAGCAGAAUUAGCUGUUCUAGAAGAAGAAGCAGAUGAAUGGAAUGAAAAAUCGAAUAAUAUUCAAGAACAACUUGAUAUGGUUAGAAGUACAGAAAUUUAA